AUGGCUAGUGAGGAGAGUUUUGUUGUUUUGGUUCACCACAGAGGAUCCGUUAAGAGGAAAACUAGUUCCGGAGUGAAGUUCACAGAUAAGAAUCCUCUUUGUACUGUCGUUACUCCUACGACGAGCUAUGAUGACCUUGUUAGAGCUGUACUGACGAAGCUCAGUCUGGAGGGUGCAAAGCGGGUUAAGAAGUUUUUCUAUCGCAUUCCAAUCACGGUGCUACAGAAUACCGUGAAGUAUGAUUGCUUCACGAUUAGUAGUGAUGUGGACUUGCAAGUAAUAUUUCUUUGUCGGCGGCAGUUUCCGGAGGUGAGGACACCAGAGUUGUUGGCAUGGCUGGUUGAUGUGGUAUCCAGCUCAGGCGGUUCGAACCGUAAUACGACCGAUUUAGCCACUCCAGCAGGUUCUAGUUCCCAGCCUGCCGUUGCUUCUUCCUCCGUCCCUGUGUAUCCACUAGUGGUCCAACCUGUCGCCUCCCUGUCUUUUGCUGCUGACCUCAAUGGCGGUGUAGGCAACGAGGUAUGGGCAAGGGAAAAUAUGCCGAACGCUUUAGUGGGUGUUGCACCGGUUGGCGUUGGAGACGGAUUUUUGGGUGAUGCAGAGGAGGAUGACGUCGAGCCGGAUAUGAUUGACGAUGACAGCAGUGAUGAUAUUGGAUGGAGUGAGCCUGCAUUGGCGGUAGGUGGUUCUAGCUCUAGCACACAGCAGUAUCCACCACAUUUUUCCUGUCUGGACUUGGAUGCCAUGAGGCAGGAGGGGGUUUCUGGGCACUCAGUUGGAUUCGGAGCUAGAGAUGCGGAAGGAAUUGCUGGUCUGACAGAGUUCCAAGUUGGCCAGCAAUUUCAGGAUAAAGAUGAGGCCCUGUUAAGUGUCAAGACUUACAGCAUCCGGCGAGGGGUACAGUAUAAGGUUGUGGAGUCUGAUUAUCGUUGA